GAAGCUCUUAUUUUGAAGGUGGCUUUCGCCGCUAGUUGGCGACCUAUUACCGUAAUGCCUAGUAUGAACAAAAUUAGGGGCGGCAGAAGGUGGCUGUCGAAGUCUUCGAUAGAGGCUCAGCGUCAAAGCGAUAUGGCGACAACGUCCGACUCAGAUUUCGAGUACUUGGACUGCGACUGGGACUAUGAUGGUGAUGGUGAAGCCUUCUCAGUGUUUAAGACCAUGCACAGUGGUUAUUACGGAACCCCCGCCUGCUUCAGUACAAUUUGUGUGAACGAUUCAUGGAACGAAAUCCCAGUGGACAUCAAAAAGUCUGCAGGGCAUCUGAUGAGACUUCACACCUACUGGCUGCCACUCCUGCUUCGCAACGACACCAUGAACGAAACCUUCAACUGGGCUACGUCCGUUGGCGUGGUCAACGCACAUGAUCCAACCAUUGUGAAUCUGAAGACGCUGCGCAAGAUUGAAACCCUGGAGGCGAUUCUCAGAGCUAUGGAGAUCGGAUCUUUUUCCAAGGAACAAAUGUCUCAUCUCAUCGUAAUAAGUGCUAGCUUUAGCGAGCUAUUGCCGGAGGCUCUGGAGGAGGCUUUGCUGUGGCUGGAGCUGACGGGAGAGCCUGAGAUCGAAGCUCGUGUACUGAAGCUGGGCCACAAGCGCACCUGCUACGCAGCUUUGUGCUACAUCUUCAGAAACUUUGCGCUUUACGUCUAUUACAUGGGGACGAACAUGGGGAGGAUGAUAGAUUUGAUGAGAACAAAACCCCCCGAGCACCUUCUAGCGGAAAGUGAUGUCAUCAAGAAACAAGGGAACGAUCUAUUUCAGGAGGAGAAGUACGAAGAAGCAGCGGCCGCUUAUUCCAAAGCCAUCAAAUAUUUCCCUGAAAACCACAUCAUCUUUGGCAACCGGGCGCUUUGUUAUAUCCGCUGUAAGAAAUAUACAGAAGCCGCUGCUGAUGGAAAACGAGCCACUCUAAUAGAACCGCUCUGGCCCAAGGGCCACUACCGCUACUGUGAGGCCUUGUUCCUGUUGGGCGAGGUCCAGUGGGCCUUGGGCGCCAACAUCUCGGCACAGAAUCUUUGCAAGCACGGCCGCGAGGGGGUCAAAGACCUGGAGCAGCAGCAUCAGAAGUUUGUGAGCGAAACAAAAGGCAGCGAAGCAGGAUCCUCAAAGAACAAUCAAAGUGCCGCGGGAACCCCUAAGAAAAAUCCGAAUGCUGCGGGACACCCUAAGAAAGAGAAGAGUAAAGCAGGACCCCCUAAGAAAGAUCAAAAUGCAGCGAGACUCUCUAAGAAAGAUCAGAGUACAGCGGAACCCCCUAAGAAAAGUCAAAAUUCAACGAAACUAGAGGUCACUACUAAGUCCAGUAAAACGAAGGCCACUAACAAGUCCAAUGUAGCUGGGACACAGGAGCCGUCAGGAGAAGGCGACGGCAAUGGCAGUAACAAUAAUAAGAGCAAUGGGGUGUUCAAGGUGAAUAAACUGCAAGUGACCUCUCAAGCACAACACAGCUGGAAAACACCUUUGAACGUGGCUGGAGCCAAAAUGACUAAGCAGAGCCAACCAGUAGUUAAAGAGAAGACAGCAGUGAAGACUGCACCCGCUGCCACUAAAGAGCUGCCCAACACUCCAAAGGAGAAAUCCAAGAGCAGCAAGAAUCAACCCGAGCAGGCGGACCCGCCCGAGGCCACUGACAGAGCCGCCUUGAUCAUAGAGAGGCUGAGAGUGCCUAUACAGGAUGCCCAUUCUUCCCUGACCAGCCAGUGCAGCUACAACUCCGAGCGGGCGUUCAGACAGGCACUGGCCCUGCUGGACACCAACCCGCCCGAGGAAAUUGGAAUGUCUGCACUGGAUAUGCAGUUGUUGCUUUACGGCCGUGUGUCCGCCCUGACGCAAAUUGGCAAGCCUGAGGGGCUGGCGGAAGCUCGAAGACUCCUGGAGAAGAUCGAAUCGUACGAGGAGAGGCUUUUUCAGUGUCUGGUUUGCUAUGCGUACGGGAAGAUUUACCUCAAAGAGAAUAGAUUUGCAGUCGCACUGAAACAUUUUCAAGAUUCCAUGCAGAUGGUGAGGAAUCGGGUAACGCCGGGUAAACUCACCUGGCCGCUAACAAAAGAGGUUGUUAAAGAGACCGAGCUGAACCAUUUUAAAAAAAUUCUAGACGAUUCCAUAUAUUUGUGCAAGUUCCCUCCUCGGCCCGAUAGCACCUGUCGACAUGUGAACUGCCUCUGCCCUUCCAAAAACAUGUAUAUCACCGACCCGGAUUUUAAAGGCUUCGUUCAGUUGAAGUGCAGCCACAAGUGCCUCAUUGAGUACCACAAUGCCUGCUGGAAAACAUUAAAGCCGCUGUACCUUGAGGGUAAAGAGAAGCCAUGUCUGACUCCCGACUGUUCCGGUAUAAUCGAUUCUAUCCAAAUUAUUGACCCAACGGGCCAGAUGAAAUGUAAAAUUUUGCUGAGCAACCAAAAGGCGGAGAUUCCGAAGAAACCAAAAGUGAAGCAGAAACUUUCAGGUGUGAAGAAAUUGAAGGAGAAGAGCCAUUUUAAAAGAGAGAAUAAUAAUAAGCAGACCUUGGAAAAGAAGCCCACUAUCAGUAAUGAGGUUCUACUGGAAAAAAACAACACCGUAGAGUGUGCCCAACAGAACGCCUGGUUGCUGUACCGGGAUCGCGUCCUCCUGCAGAUCAGAGAUAAGAUGCAGCUGCUUCGCCAGGAAAAGGGUCUCACCGUGUCGGCCGUGAGCGCAGGCCUCGGGCCCUGGCUGGAGCUGGACUCGGGACGGGGCAACCACCUCGCCAGCAAAAUGCUCAACUGGGAGCAGGAGCACCUCGAGACGCUGGAUCAGGUGGUCGAGCUGCUCCUCGAACGGAAGAACCGUGUUUGGGCACGCGUCUUCAUCCAGCUGCUGUCAAGUACUUUGGAUGUUAAUGUGGAGCUCAGCUGUUGGGCGGGGCGGCUCAACGAUGCAGAUCUAAAGGCGGCUAAGUCCUUCGUUGAACGCAACGCAGACUCCUUGUAUGAGCUGGACCUCACCCCGGUGUUGAACUUUGCUCCUUUGAAAGAAAUUAUUUCCGAGAGCCCCCCCCCUGGCCCCAACUUAAUAUCAAGCCAUGGACUGACUAAAUAUGUCAAGCAGCCCUCGCCACAUGAAAUGAGACUUUUUAUCUGGACUCUUGAGGAGCAUAGGGACAUUUACGUUUCGUGUAACAUUUUACUGGAUGAGUAUUUUGAUAUGAUGGAUGGACAUUGUUCAGUUCUAAAAAAGUCUGAUAGUCAAAAUAGUUUUCCUGCGAGUGUUAAGAGUCGUGCGCGAAAAAAGAUGAAGAACAAGGGGCUUCAAGUUUGGUCUUGGCCACGUAAUAAUGUUGCAGCAGAUGAGUGGGACCAAGAAGAUCCAAUAUAUUUCCCCGACCCCAACGACCCCUUCAGUACUCCCAGCCACCUUCGAAAACAGUUGUUCGAAUUUGAGGAACAGUAUAACAGCACCAGACACACGAGGGAUUUUAAAAAGAGUUUGGACAACAAUCCGGAUCCCACCGAGAAAGAUUUGUACAACUAUUUUGCACAGAUUCUAGACCAACACGGUCCCCUGCUCGCCAACGACCCCCUGCUGCUGGGCGAGGUGGAAAACUUCCCGCCCGUGGCAAAGGCCAAGCUCCAAAAGGCGGGCAGCUUAGAGCGCUUCCUGCUACAAUCCCUUCGCUUCAUAAAGAUCGGCAGCUCCUUCGGCCUGGCCAAGCACGCCGUUGCCCUGCAGGACGCCGCCCAUGUGGACCACCCGCAACCUCUCCCUGUAUUUUCAUCCACCCAGAACGCCACUUCUAUUCUUAAUAAUGUAGACACUUCUAUAACUUUCCAUAUGGAUCAACACCCCCCACCUGUAACCAAAGCCCCUGUCAAUCAAGCGGGCAGCAACAAGAUUUCUCCCAAUUAUUUUAAAUCCCUAGAUCUUUAUACUAGCGAGGUGGAAGAACCCUGGGAAACUUAUUCCUGUACAAGCGGUUUAAGUUCAACGCGACCUGAAGAAGUCAUUUUGAAGAAACACGCAGAAGUACAGACGUAUCAAGCAAUCAAGGACUGCGUUGCAGUGAACACAGAACCUUGGGAGCCUUACGAGAGCCUCCAGGGAGACAAAAAGGUAAAGAGCAAUAAGGAAAUGGAGGAGCAGAUGAGCAAAAUGGCAAAUUACCGCAAGGAAGUGGAUCAGAAGCACAAAGAGACCCUCAUGUCCUUAGAGAAAGACAUCCAGGAGAUCAGUACCAACAUACAAGUGACAAACAAAGAGUUGGCCCUGUUCCAGCAGAAGCUUGAGGAGGAGGUUAAGAAGGACCAGAAGGAGAAGAAGGCUAACCAGGAGGUACUAAAGACCCUCAAGAUGGAGAUGGAGAAGUUGGUGGAGGAACAAAGGAGUCUUACCGAAGGAAUCCGCGCAAACAAGGCCAGCUAUGAAGAGGAAUUGAAUAAGUUCUUGGAGCUAAGCAAUCAGUCAGAAGCUGAGAAGAUGAGUCUGGAGGAUGAGAUCAAGCGCUGCAAAAACUCAGUUGCCGCGGCGACCAGGAAGUCCCACACUGCCCAAUUGUCCAUGCUGAAAAGCAAAUGGGAGCAGCGUUCGUACGGCCUCCGCGUUCAGCUGGCCGACGCCAAAUCUCUGCUGGUCAAGCUGAAUGAAAAUGUGCAGCGCUUUCCCCCCCUGGAAGCGAGCGGACAAAAUGUGAGAGCUAAAGUCCGAGAGCUGGAGCAGAAAAUCACUGCUGCUGAGACACAAUACAAGGUGCAGGUGGAGGAACUCGAAAGUGGCCAAAGGGUAAAAGACAUACUCGGCACCAACCAGAGUGAUCCUCAACUUUCUCUGCUGUCUUCCGGCAUGACUUCUCUGAGCGUUGCCCCCGCACCCUCGCCGCAGUCGAUAGUACCCUCUGUGUCGGCUUCCCCUGUCAAGACUAGAAAAUCGGCCAGAUCGACACAGGCCGGAAACACAGUGUUUGAAAAGGCCAUGGAGCGCCUGGCCACCAUUUUCCCUGACUACACGAGAUCAGACUUAAUGAGGUUUUUAAAGCAUCUGCGGUCAUCCAACGGCGACAACCUGAUCAACAUGAGCUUGCAGGAUGUGGUCAGUGGAGUGAGCCAUCUGAUCCUGGACCAGCAGGAGGCGGUCACACCUGGGGCCAAAUCCAAGACGACUGGGGUCGGAGGUAUGGCUACGCCCCUUCCGGUGGACCCACGUCCGGUCUGGCAGAAGUUAGCGUACCAAAGACCGCUCAGCUCCAGUGCACUAAACUUGGAGGACCCCUGCAUCAUCUGUCACGAAGAAAUGAGUGAAUGCGACCGCUGUGUUUUGGAGUGCAGACACACCUUCCAUAAGCAGUGCAUCACGUCGUGGCUGAAGACGAAGAGUACGUGUCCCACCUGCCGAAAGCACUCCUUGUUGCUCGACGACUUCCCCGCACUGCCCAGUAGGAGGCGCCAAGCCCAGUGAUGGCAUCUCUCGUCACCAGUAUCAUUUUAUUUUAAUGUUCCCUUUUCACAUUUUAUGUAAACUUUAGAAGUUAUGACUAAUAAAAGUCAGUGUUUACACUUUCAAAACCACACACAAAACAAAAA